AUGGUUUCUAAAGACAUAGCACUGGGGCUUUGUUUUCUCAUUCAGACUGGAUUUGGAGCACUGGGAAACUCAUUCCUUCUGGGCCUUUAUACCAUCAUCUUCCUCAUUGGUUCCAGGCUUAGGCCCAUAGACUUCAUUCUCAUCCACCUGGCCUUUGUCAAUGACUUGGUGCUUCUUUCCAAGGGGAUUCCUCAGACAAUGGCUGCUUUUGGGCUUAAUAAUUUCCUUGAUGACAUAGGAUGCAAACUUGUCUUUUACAUUCACCGAGUAGCUCGAGACCUUUCUCUUACUACCACUUGCCUCCUUAGUACCUCCCAGGCCAUCAUCAUUAGUCCUAAAAGUUCCAGGUGGAUAAAGUUCAAAGCCAGAGUUCCAAAGUACAUUGUCCAAUGUUGUUUCUUGUGCUGGACCCUUCAUAUGCUGACAAAUUCCAUUAUUCUUAUACAUAUGAAAGGGCCCAAGGGAAGCAAAAACAUCACAGAAAUAAAGACUUUCAUUUAUUGUUCUGCUACAGUUUUUCCUUCAACUAAUAUUGCAUUAUAUGUAUUCAUAAUGUCCCUUCCUGAUAUUGUAUAUGUGGGAAUCAUGGUCUGGACCAAUGGAUAUAUGGUGCUUCUCCUUUACAGACACCACCAAAGAGUUCUGUACCUUCAUGGCAGAAAUCAAAUACCUAAAGACUGCCCUGAGAAUAGAGCCACACAAACCAUCCUAUUGCUAGUCAACAUGUUUGUCUCUUUUUAUUCACUCAAUUCUAUCUUGUCAUUACUUAUUUAUUUUGGGAAUCCACCUUCCUGGCUAGUUCACACCUCUGUCUUUCUGGCUGGCUGCUUUCCAUCUUUCAGCCCUUUUAUUUUAAUUAUCAGUGACUCUCAAGUCCUGAAGUAUUCCUUGGCUCUCUGGGGAAAGAUAAAGUCUCUACCUCAAUAUAAUCCUGAUACAAUAUAG